UCUAUCUCCGGGCUCCCGUGAUGAUGCUCGACUGCCGAGUCACUACCAGGGCCCCAAGACCGAGACUGCGGCGGCGUGGGGAGCAGCCGGGACUGAGUCCGGGGCCACUAGAGACCGGGAGGUGCGCUGCGCUCAUCUCUCUUUGCCUUCAAACAGGGCUCCAGUGUCGCGUUCCAAGGACGUCCCCCUGUUGCGUCCAGCUCCACCUCGCUGUCCCCAGCUGGGGAGCCGCGCUGGAAAGCCGGGGGCGCUGCGCCCCUCACGGGUAACUGAGAACCCAGUCCUGAAAACGGUCCUACCUGCGCCUAGCCAGGCAGGAAGACUGUAACCGCGGGACUCCACCUGCCCACCUGAGCAAUAUGAAGAUUUCAUUCAUCGAGCCCGCCAUUCUCCUAAACGCGUUUGCUAUGACCCUGACCAUCCCGCUGACAGCGCAGUACGUGUACCGGAGGAUAUGGGAAGAAACCGGUAACUACACCUUUGCUUCCGGUAGCAAUGUCUCUGAAUGCGCGCAAAACAAAAGCGACCCGAUCUUUGCAUUCCGGGAGGAAGUUCAGAAAAAGGUAUCUCUCUUCAGCCUGCAGGUGGAUAUGAGUGGGUUGAUUCCUGGUCUGGUGUCUACCUUCAUACUUUUGUCCGGCAGCGACAACCAUGGACGGAAACUCCCCAUGGUUCUGUCCUCUCUCGGCUCUCUGGGAACCAACAUUUGGCUGUGUGUGCUGUCUUACUUCAGGCUGCCACUCCAACUUCUGAUUGCAUCCACCUUCGUUGGUGCCCUCUUGGGGAAUUACACCACGUUUUGGGGCGCUUGCUUUGCCUACAUCGUGGACCAGUGUAAAGAAUACAAGCAGAAAAUCAUUCGAAUAGCCAUCCUGGAUUUUAUGCUUGGAGUCGUUACUGGGCUAACGGGUCUGUCAUCUGGCUAUUUUAUCCAAGAACUGGGCUUUGUGUGGUCCUAUUUCAUCAUUGCCGUGGUUCUUAUGGUCAACCUGGCCUACAUCGCAUUCUUCCUCAGGGACCCCAUAAGGGAGUCUUCGUCUCAGAUUGUCACUAUGUCCUGUGGGGAAAACCUCAAGGAUCUAUUUUACCGGACUUACAUGCUCUUUAAAAAUGGCUCCAGUAAGCGACGAUCUUUGCUCUGUCUGCUGAUCUUUACCCUGGUCAUUUACUUCUUUGUGAUAAUUGGCAUUUCCCCAAUUUUCACACUUUAUGAGCUGGGCUCUCCGCUCUGCUGGGAUGAGGUUUAUAUAGGCUACGGUGCAGCUUUGGGCAGUCUCUCCUUUUUGAGCAGUUUCCUCGGCAUAUGGCUUUUUUCCUACUGCUUGAAGGACCUUUACAUCACCUUUAUUGGCAUCCUGACCACCAUGAUGGGAAUGGUCCUCGCUGCUUUCACCAAGACCACUCUCAUGAUGUUUUUAGUCAGGAUCCCAUUCUUCUUCACCUUCAUGCCGCUCUCCGUCCUGAGGUCCAUGCUGUCAAAGGUGGUCCACUCGACUGAACAAGGUGCGUUGUUCGCUUGCAUAGCUUUCCUAGAAACACUGAGUGGAGUCGCUGCGACCUCGGCUUACAAUGGCAUUUAUUCAGCCACUGUCGCUUGGUACCCUGGCUUUAUUUUUCUGCUGUCUGCCGGCCUCCUCAUCCUCCCAGUCAUCAGUCUAUGGGCUGUCAAGUGCGUUGGCUGGGAAGAGGGGAGCUACACAAUGUUCGUCCCGGAGGAGCCGCUGGAGCACACGUCAGACUGACGACAGUCGGCAGGAAUGCACAGGUCAUACCCAGGACGCCAGGACACACAGCCCACAACUAGUAUUUCAUUCGCAAUCUGGGUCAAAAGGUCCUUUUUCCUAAACAGAGCGAGCUGUGAGGCAGCGUCUGGGUCUGCUGUCUCUGGGUCUGCCUAUCACCCCGUGUUCUUCAGUAGAGCAAAGACCAGCCCUGGCGCCUCCUCACCUCUGCUGGGACCAGAGAAAGUGGAGCGCAGAGGAGGCCUCAGGAAACUGCAAUAAGACUUGAAGCAAUAAUCUAACUGACAUGCUCCAGCCUCUCAGGUGGAAACCAAGGAGUCCAUCUGCACAGUGGGCUUCUGACUGCUCAGGGAUUUUGAAGACAUAACGAAGAACUUUGAUGCUGAAUAAUCACUGACAGGAAAAUAAUGUUCCAGGCAUUAAUAAUUCUUCCUAUACUUGACUGAUGCUGGAAGAUCCUAUCAAGGCUCUACUGAUGGAUGCAAAAAUCCUUGAAGAAAAGCACUUUUUAAAAUAUGUAUUUUUCACUUUUCCUAACAUUUUAAUUCAGUGACAAGCUUGGUUUUUAUAUGUAAUGGGGGAGUGAGUACAAAUUCAUAUUAUAAAGAAAACGAUCUUAAAUUUUAAAA